ACGCGGGAAGUCUGGACGCGGGUGCACUCUGAAGAGGUCUGAGGCGGAGGCGUGGGCCCCUGCGGCGGCCAUGGCGGAGAGGCCUGAGGACCUAAAUCUGCCCAACGCUGUCAUCACCAGGAUCAUCAAGGAGGCGCUCCCGGAAGGUGUCAACAUCUCCAAGGAGGCCCGGAGCGCUAUCUCCCGCGCCGCCAGCGUCUUCGUACUGUACGCCACUUCGUGUGCCAACAAUUUUGCUAUGAAAGGGAAGCGCAAGACUCUGAACGCCAGUGAUGUGCUCUCGGCCAUGGAAGAGAUAGAGUUCCAGUGGUUCAUUACCCCCCUAAAAGUAGCCCUGGAAGCAUACAGGCGGGAGCAGAAAGGGAAGAAGGAAGCUUCAGAGCAAAAGAAGAAGGACAGAGACAAAAAGACAGAUUCAGAAGAGCAAGACAAGAGCAGGGAUGAGGACAAUGAUGAAGAUGAGGAAAGGCUGGAAGAAGAAGAACAGAAUGAGGAGGAGGAGGUGGACAACUGAAUGGGGUGGGGAGAUGGAGGCACCUUGGAAGGUACCACGCUGAAAAUGUGGUACAUGUUUAUGUGAAGCUUUUCCCUGGUGGGCAGAGUAGUCUUAGGCUGAAGUGCCUGAG